AAAUUCUCCUGUCGUUUACAACCGACCGCGGAGGACAAGGAACAAUUUGAACAAAUGAUCUCUUGGUGUGCUUUCCGACCGCUCAAUCUCGAAGUGGUAUUGUUCUACCAGUACCUGGUCGAUUACGGACAACGUACACAGUGUCCACUGAUUGAUCAAGAUUUGAUAUUUCAUCUGGAAGUGGCACGAUUCCAGAUUGAUAUCAGUCCGGAAGUGUGCUCCCGUCUUUUGAAGAGGAUACAGCGUCAACUCAGUCAGAAAGCACCUAUCGAUCGGAAAGUGUUCGACGAGGCCUCACAAACAAUUGUACGUGAACUGUUGUCUUUUUAUGCGGGAUUCCGAUGCAACGUAUUGGGUGCCAAUGCGACACGAGCGGAGUGUUUGCCUAGUCCCAAAUCGAAGGCAGUUCGUUCAACAGAAAUUCCCUGGCUUGCCGCACCUCUAAGUAAGAGACGUAACAUUUCCCCUGAACAAACUGUCAUACACAAAUAA